AGGGGAUUGGGGGAUGUCCGAAGAAUUCCAGUAUUCCAAGAAAGAGAUAACGGGAAGGAAGAUACCCUCUUUAUGGUUUAUACAGAAGCGACAAAGACAAAGAAACAAACAGCAAAGGGGAAAGUGAGUAUGCUCCCUCUGAGACUCCUCCGCUCUCUGGUUUUGGGUGACACCAUCAACAACCACCCUCUCCAUCUCCACCACCACCAUCACCAUGAUGUUGUUGAUGAUGAUGAGGAGGAGGAGGAGGAGACCCGUAGGUCUGUCGAAGAAUUUGAAUCAAGUCGUCAUAAACCAAGAAAUAGAAGAAACUGCAAACCCAAAACCCCAGUUCUUUUCUUCAUACCCACCAAGGAGGUUGUGCAAGAUACCUAUAGAUUAGCCACAUUAGCAAGGGACAUGGGCAUGGAUUUGCAUCCAACCCCAUCAUUGUCCCACAUUAUCUUCUCAUGCCCUUCAUUCUCUUCCACUUCAUCAUCUCCAUCACCAUUGUCUUCCAAAUCACUGCCCUCUUCAUGGUCUUGGUCUUGGUCAUCGUCUUCCUCUUCAUGGCCUUUGCCAAACUAUGCUGUUCCACUCCCUUUUCCCUCACUUUCCCAAGCCCCUCUCACCCACCUACACUCCUUUGUCACCCUCUCAAGAGGGUUGUUCAAGGUGGUCUUUGUGACCCACAGGGGUGAUUCCACCGAGGGAAAUGAUGGAAGGGCUAGUAAUUGGGAUUGUUCAUCAUUGUCUCUCUUUACCCGGAUUUCGGGUGAUCGAAUUCAGACGAUGGAGGGGUUUUGUAGGGCUUUAACUGGGGUGGGGUGGACCCUUUUCAAGACCAAGAAGAACCCGUCAUUGGAUUCGGGUGGCCGUCGAAUUCGGGGGUGUAACUCAGCGUAUUUGUUCAGGAAGGUGGAGUCUAAUCGGGUUCGGGCACGGCUGGGGAAUGGAGAUGGUGGUGAAGCAUCUGGGGAGUGUAGAGUUAGGGAACUGAGGUUGCCUCCACUGGAUUUCAGGAAUGCCCCUUUGAGGAUUUUGCAGUACAUUCUUCUGAUGACUGAUGACAUCUUCUACCUAGCAUAGAUUGGUCCAACCAGUGUGACUGUAGAAAUCACCAGGACUCAGCAAUUGAGGGAGAUGUUCUGCUUUCUCUGUCCACUGCGCUCCUACAGUAUGAGGCACCCAUCUAAACUUGUCCAAUUCAAGGAAAGAUCACAACUAAGUCUGCUUUUACGCUGCAAAACAGAUGGCAGUUAUGCCAUUCUGAAUCGUCGCUUCUGCUCAUUGAACCUGUUGAGAGGCAUGUAUAUAGGAUAUCUACAGAAUGCAGAUCAAAUCCUGUUGUUUGAUUUGCUUUGUUUAGGAUAUUUACUUAGCCUUAUAACUCUCCCUUUUCUGGGGCAAGCCCCAUGAGGUUGAAUCUGCAGGGACAAUGUUCUUUUUCAGGUUCUUGCAGUUAGCAACUAUCUUGAUAGCCUUUAGCUCGCUCUCAGCAAGCCUACCCGCCUUUACCCUCCAUUAGAGAACCAUCAAUGUUGAGCAUCAGCAACUGGGUUGACCAUUUGCAUAGCUUCUCAACUUUCAUUUACACUGUAAUGGCUUCCUGUAGAUUAAGGCAGAUUUUGUUUCUUUUGAUGCGCUACUACAAGGAUCUGUAUUUUUUUUUUUUUUGUUCAUUAACGACAGGUCAAACUUCCUUUAUGAAAAGUUUUCAAGAAGUACAUUUAUAAUUUAA